ACACUGCGUAAAUGCUUUCAUAACACAAAGUUGUGCUUCUCAUCUUUCGGCAAAAUUAUUUUAAACUCGGAUGAUAGGAACAAUCAGUUGCUAGUAAAAUGUUGAAACACGUUUUAAAAUCUAGUUCAACGAUUCGUCUGGCCUGCACCGGUCGCCGAACAUUCCUUUCGGAUGCAUAUCCUUGUCGAGAAGCAUGGCAAGCUCGGCUUACCACGCCGAUUCUCGCGAAAGUCGAUCACGAAGCUCUGUACUUUGAGCUGGAACAAAAAUUUCAACACAAAAACAAAGUGUCCGCGAUAGAUAUAGACAUAUAUGCCAACAAACUGGAGGAUGACUCUCACAUGGAUGAGAUGGCAGAUUUGAUGUAUAAGUUCCGCCUGACAGAGGAAACUACCAACGGGCUCGAUUCGACCCAGCAUGCAAUUGCCCGAAACUACAUCGAGCAUAGUCACUAUUCGGAGUUGAUUGAGCUGCUCAACAAUCGAAUUGCGUACGGCGUAUAUUUAGAUGAUUUCACCGCUAAUUUAGCACUCAAUCGGCUGAUCACGACCAACGAGUUUAAGUGGGCCGCCCGAAUCGCAACAUUGCUUGGACUGCAGGAAGACUUCAGCAAUCCCAUCACACGGUCACUUUCGCUUUACGCCUGCUAUCGGUACGUGAAAGGGGGAAGCGUUGAGCAUUUCGAUGACUUGGUCCCACCCGCACCGGUCGAUUCUAGUGCACCAAAGAAGAGCAAGAAAAAGGAUGAGAUCAAGGUGAGGAUGAAAUUUUUGCGGAACGAAUACUUUGAUGAUCAUUUUGAUAUCAAGGAUUCGAAGCUGCUGCUAGGGAAAACGUUCUACUUAUUGGGGCUGAAUAGCGGGGAAGGAGUGGUCGGCAAUAGUAGCCGAUGGCUCGGUUUGGUUUUACACGAAAAGUAUGAUAAAGCGGUUGAGGUGUUGGAAGCUAACCAGAAGUCCGAAUUUAGUGGAGAAAUAGCGAGCCUGGUUGAGACUUUCUUAGAAAAUGUCGAAGAUAAAGAAAAUGAGCAAUACAAAAAGUUGAUCGAUGCUGUUGGAACAUUGAAGGUUGUUAAUGAUAGUUUCGAAAAAAUGCUUCUCGAUGACAUUAACAAAAGUGUUGCUGAAAAUGAAAAGAGUCUGAUUGAUGAACAAAAAAAGAUUUACAAUGAUUGGAGCAAGUUGAGACAGCAGCGUCUUGAAGAGGAAUUGGCACGGUUGCACCGUGUUAAAAGAAUUCAGGAAAUGGAACGAACCGCCCGUGAAAUGGAACAGGAGGAGCAAAAGCUAUGGUUCUUCGAAAAUGAAGACAAAAUUGAUUUGCAAAUCGACAGUAAAAAAGUGUUCUAUCCCAAGCGUUGGUUUGGAAAGAAGAAGAAACCACGGGUAGUGAACGAAGGAUACAUCCCACCGGAGAUCCGUCAAAGAUACGGUCAACGAUAAGCAUGGAUAGGAGUGUUCUUUCAGCACUGAAAACAAUCGAGAGCAUAAAUAAAGCUUUUAAUGGGCACUUUAAUAAUCAUGAGUAUCGUACCAUA